GUUAAGCAGACGACAAUAGCCACGGAUGAUUCGGCUUCCAGUAAAACUGUAAACAACUUCAAAAUAUUGGGUUUGUGUUGAAAGCAACUAAGCAAGUUAUCAACUUUGAAACAGCAUUUGACAUUUAUAUUAAAAUAUCAAGUUAAAGACAGUAUAAAACAUGAUUAUUGCUGUUGAAGGGUGCGCUCAUGGUGAACUUGAUCAAAUUUACCGGUCUGUCGAGAAUUUGGCGAGGCAAAGAAAUGUCAAAGUUGAUUUGCUCAUCUGUUGUGGAGAUUUUCAAGCUGUUCGAAACGAAAGUGACUUACAAUGCAUGGCAGUACCUGACAAAUUCCGUCAUAUCUGUACAUUCUACAAGUAUUAUAAUGGUGAAUUGAAAGCACCAAUUUUAACUAUUUUCAUUGGAGGCAAUCAUGAAGCAUCAAACUAUCUACAAGAACUUGCAUAUGGAGGCUGGGUUGCUCCAAAUAUAUAUUAUCUUGGCUAUGCUGGUGUAGUCAAGUUUGGUGGCAUCAGAAUAGCAGGAAUAUCAGGCAUCUUUAAAGGACAUGAUUACUUGAAAGGACAUUUUGAAAAACCUCCCUACACAAACAGCACUAUGAGAUCAGCCUAUCAUGUUCGUAGUCUUGAAGUAUUUCGAUUGAAACAGUUAAAAGAAGAAAUAGAUAUUUUUAUUUCACAUGAUUGGCCUCGUGGUGUCUACAAUUAUGCAGAUACCAGAGAACUUCUGCAUUGGAAACCAUUCUUUCGUGAUGAGAUAGCCCAAAAUGUAUUGGGAAGUCAAGCUGGAGAAACAUUACUUCAUGAAUUGAAGCCUAAACAUUGGUUUGCUGCCCACCUUCAUUGUAGGUUUGCUGCUACAAUCCAACAUAAUGAAAAACAAUCAACUCAAUUUCUAGCACUUGAUAAGUGUCUUCCAAGACGUCAGUACCUUGAAUUGGUGGAAAUUCCACAUGAUUCCACCCAAAAUUUGGAGUUGUGUUAUGAUCCGCAUUGGUUAGCAAUUCUUCGGUCAACUAACCAUUUAAUGAGUGUUCGUCCAACUACUCAGUACAUGCCGAGUGGAGGUCCUGGAUGCACUGAAAGAUGGAACUUUAAUCCAAACGAAGAAGAAAUAGAACAAGUGAAAACCAUCUUUGACAACGACUACAAAAUUCCGUCAAAUUUUUCCUUAACUGCUGAACCAUUUAAGCCUCGACCAAAUUACAACAGAAACGCUCAGCAAGCACAACCGCAAUUGAAUCCUCAAACUACACAAUUUUGCGAAAAGCUUGGUAUCGACGAUCCCCUCGAAAAAUUGAUUGGGAAACCGAUUAUCCUCACUGCUCCCGUAGUUAAUCCAGACGAAAUUGCUCUUGAAGAUGACGAUGAAGAAGAAGAGACAGCUGACCAUACUGAGGAGGUAGCUGGGGAGGACAAUGGUAUAUUCUUUGUCGAUACCAAACCGCUGAAGAGAAGUAAAAUGAGUUUACCGCAGCCGCAAAAUGAAACACAUGAGGAAGAACCACACACUGCGGAAAAGGAAGCUCCCUUAGGCGGGAAUUUGGAUGAAAACGAUUCAAGUGCUAAAGUAGCUGAUCAAGAUGUACCUACUACCGUAAAGAAAUUUAAACGACGCAACCAAGAACUUUACAUGGACCCGGAAAGUUCUACAUAAGUACAUAGCUUUUAAAAAU